AAGACCUAUGUGAUUUCUUCUCAUUGGGAAUAUUUAAUUUGCUCGUUAGAUAUUAUUUUCUUUUUCUACUGUCUCUUCGUUUUUGACGCCCGCCCUUGCUCAAAAAUGUCUCGUACGAUGCAGGCUCUGCUACAGAGCCCGCACGCGGAAUGGUUACGUCUUGAUCGAGAAAUGCCACAUCAUUGGAGCUUGCUUGUUGCUGGUGCUUUGUUCUCCGUCAUUCUUGUCCAUCGUCUGCUAUGGGCGUAUCCGCAAGAUCCUCGCGAGCCCAAGCUGAUCAGGCCGAGACUGCCUAUCAUUGGCCACGUCGUGAGUAUCUACAUCCACGGGUCUCGCCAUUUUUCACGCAUCGCCAAAGAGACGGGACUUGCCAUCUACCAGAUGCCGGUACCUUUUGGAAAGAUUGCCAUAGCCAACACCCCCGAGGUUCUCUCUUCCAUUGACAAGAACCCAAGGGCAGUGGCCUUUGUCCCCAUUGCUGCCAAGGUCAUUGACAGGCUAUCUGGGUUGUCCCGCGCAGCGUCCAAGACACUAUGUGCGCAGACUGUCGGCGAAGACCGCAUGGAAGGAUACUUGUACAAGGUCACCAAGGAUAUUCACUCCACGCUGGUGCCAGGAGCGUCUCUGUCGGUUAUUACGACCAAAGCAUCACAAGUGCUCAACGGUUCCAUCAAGAAGCUGCACGGUACUACCACGCGCAUGAACCUUCUCCCGUGGUUUCGCCACGAGUUUGGCAUGUCUUCGACAGAAGGCAUCUAUGGACCGAUGAACCCUUUCCGGGAUGCCAAGGUAGAGGCUGGAUUUUGGGCGUUUGACGAUUCCAUCAGUGACCUGCUCAUCAGCCCCAAGGCGAGCCUAACCUGCCGAUUCGGCGACCAGGGCCGAGCAGAUGCCUGGGCUGGCUUUGAGAAAUAUUUUGCCGAGCGUGGUCACAAGCAGGGCUCGGAUCUCGUCAAGGCGCGGUACGAGACGGCACUGCAAAAGGGCAUGAGCACGCUCGAUAUUGCCAAGCUCGAGGUGACCAUGAUCAUCGGCAUCCUGACCAACACUGUCCCGACCAUUUUCUGGGCUGUCUACUACGUCUACAGUGACCCUGCCAUUCUCAAAAAGCUACGCGAGGAAAUUUCGUCGGUGGCUAUUGCCGGCGUCGACAAGGAAACCGGAAAGCCAGUGUGGACGCUGCGAUCCUCCGACCUCAAGGCCAAGUGUGUGUACCUUACAGCGACCAUCAACGAGACGCUCCGCAUGCGAACAUGCGGCAUCUCGAGCCGCAUCGUUACCGAGGACGUCGUCCUCAGCAACCGGUACCUGCUCAAGCAGGGCACCGUGUGCGAGCUGCCCAACAAUGUACUUCACUCCAACGCAGCCUACUGGGGCCCGACGGUGGACGAAUUUGAGCCCGAGCGCUUCCUUGCGUCCCCAUCUUCCAAGGAAGCCCGCAUGGCUCGCGGCGCCUUUCGACCUUUUGGCGGCGGCGUGUCCAUGUGCGCCGGCCGGUACCAGGCCAUGUCGCAGCUCGCUGGUGGCCUCGCUCUCUUUGUCAUGAGCAGCGACUGCGCGCCCGAAGGCGGAAAGCCGUGGAAGUUUCCUGGCGCGCACGGUCAUACUAUUGCUGCGGCUGUCGAUUUGCCGUCGUCGGAUCUGUGGCUCGACGUCAAGCCUCGUACUGGGUUUGAGGACGCCUACUGGCAGAUUGAUCCUGAAAACUAACGUCUUUUCCAUUUAUGGUAGCUACAUAUUGCUAGGAGGAUGAGGUUAUAAAUACUUCAUGGUUUUCUUUUAGCAUAUAUAAAUAUAUACAUAUGUCUGUG